UCUCUCUCUCUCUCUCUCUUCGGCAUUCCCUACAGGUUAAACCAGCACAUGAGGAAGGCGAGGGUUCGCCUCUCGCCGCGGGCCCUGAUGCGACCCCCUAGCCCCAGAUCCACCAUCCCGGGUCGCUGUCUUUCCUCUCUUCUCCUCGUUGCCGCGGUCACCUUGCCCUGCGCCGUGCUCUACCGCGCCGCCGCGCCCACCUCGUCCCCAUCGUGGCGGCCCGGCCCUGCGAUCCCCGAUACCUCUCCCAUCGCCACUCAAUUGGAAAGUGAGGAUGUUCGGCUUGAGAAGGUUCUGGAGGAAGCAGCAAUGGAAAACAAAACAGUAAUAUUGACCACAUUGAAUGCGGCAUGGGCAACUCCUGGAUCCAUUAUAGAUUUAUUCAUUGAAAGCUUCCAAAUUGGUGAUGGAACACGCAAACUUCUCGACCAUUUGGUUAUCAUUGCAUUGGACAAGCAAGCAUACAUGCGGUGCUUGUCUAUACAUGCCCACUGUUUUCCACUUAUUACUGAGGGAGCGGAUUUCUCUGAUGAGAAGCUGUUCAUGUCUGCUGGAUAUCUGUCGAUGAUGUGGACAAGGAUAGAGUUUUUGCGUCUAGUUCUUGAAAAGGGAUACAACUUCAUUUUCUCGGAUGUAGAUAUCUUGUGGUUCCGGAAUCCUUUACCACAAUUCUAUCCAGAGGUCGAUUUUCAGAUAGCUUGUGAUCACUUCAUGGGUGAUGCCUUUGAUUUAGAAAACAUUCCUAAUGGCGGAUUCAACUAUGUUAAGUCUAACAAUCUGACCAUAGAAUUCUACAAGUUUUGGCAUGCAUCAAGGGAGAAAUUUCCAGGACAUCAUGACCAGGAUGUAUUUAACUUUAUUAAGCAUGAUCCAUAUCUCUUGGAAAUGGGAAUAAGAGUUAGAUUCCUGAGCACUGCUUAUUUUGGUGGUCUUUGUGAGCCCAGCAGAGAUUUUAGUAAGGUUUGUACAAUGCACGCAAAUUGCUGUAUUGGCUUAAGUAGAAAGAUUCAUGAUUUAAGAGUUAUGCUUGAUGACUGGAGGACAUACAUGUCUCUUCCAUGGAAGGUAAAAAGAUCUAGGGCAUUCUCAUGGAGGGUACCACAGAAUUGCAGUCUUGCUCCUCUAGGCUCAUGAUGAUUGGUGGAUACAUGCCUUGUGGAAGAUUAAUGGAUUCUUUUACAAAUUUAGUUUGCAUGUACUUCAUGAUGUUCCAAAAGAUCAUCUUUGUACAGAUCUAUCGAAAGGAUGUGAAUCUUGUUUCUGACCAAUACAAACCCGCGUCUCAGUACUUUGUUCUAAAGCAAUACUCAUGUAAUGUCUCAGAACAGCAACCUAGUUCUGGAUGUUCCUUGUCUUGGCAACUGAAGGCAAAAAUCCUGACCUGCCCUAAUCAAAAUUCUCAACAACAAAGAUGAUUUUUUCCAUAUACAUCUGGUUUGUUUUUGGACUAAGAGCAUGUUACAGCUUAUGCAUUAAGACCACCAGAUAGGCUUCUUGUUGUGUAGAACAAUGCCUAAUGGAAAUAGUCCUUUCUGCCCUGUCAUUUUCCAAAUUUGUACACACAUCAUUCAAGACGGUGCAUAUUUUGUUUCCUAGCAAUAUGAUACCAUACUACACCAGAAGGCAUGAUAA